AUGCAAUCCACCCGAAUUCAUAGGUUGAUCGAUCGAACGAUUUCUUUCUUUCGUCGUAUUGGCAUUUGGCAUGGAGAAGUCGGGCCUACAAUGGGUCAACUAAGACUGAAGUUAUUCUGUAGCAUCUAUUACCUGUUUUUUGUCAUUUCAUUAUCGAUUGGAGCAAUUGCAGAGAAAACUGUUGAUAAAAUAAUAUUUUUAGCGGAGGCAUCCAUUAUUAUUGCAGUUUUGACAAUUAAAAUUUGGAUGUUGAUUUGGAAUCAGAAGCAAAUUAUGCGUUUGCUUAAUAGAAUUUGCAUCUUUUCAAUUCGAAGUGACGAAAAAUUCAAAUUUUUCAAUGACAAAGUGGAGAAAUUCAUCAAAUUUGCGAUUUUAUUCGCAUGUGCUACUGUCGUUGCUUCUGUGGGAUGUUCAGUUUUCCCAUUUUUUGGAAAAGAGAAGACAUUUAUUGUGGACAUUGCGUUUCCUUUGGAUUGGAAAAAUAGUGAAAUUAAGUUUUGGAUGGCGUACAUUUUCUUCGUUUCCGAAAAUGUUCUCACGCUUUCGGCGCUGACAUUUCCCGUUAUAAUUUGGUAUCUAUUGCUGCAUUGUUCUUUAAGAUAUAAAAUUCUUGCAAUGGAAAUAAGAAACAUGGGACGAGUCACAGAUGGCAGUGAAGUAAAAAUAUCUGUUAAAGAACAACAGGCCAUUUUUUAUCGGGACUUGGUGGCGUCGAUUGAAGCUCACCUUCAUUUGAGGGGAUUAAUGGACGAACUCGAGUCAUUUUUAUCAAAACUGUUUUUAUUACAAUUCGCCACCAGUGGCCUCUGUAUUUGCGGAUCAAUUUAUUGUUUGGCAUUUGAUAUCAGUGACACCUUUGUGGAACGUAUGGUGCACGUCUAUACGUUGUUUUACAGCACUGCUGAAUUGUUUAUGAUAACGUACUUCGGAAAUGAGAUUAUGUUGUCAAGCAGUCGCCUAUCAUACAGUUUGUUUGAAUCGGAAUGGAUCGGACAACCACAAUCGACCAUGAAAUGCAUAAUCAUUUUUGGUGAAUAUUUGAAGCAAUCGCAUGAGUUGCUAAUCGGUAAAUUGUAUCCGUUGACUUUGGAAACAUUUACUAGGAUUCUAAAUUCCUCUUACACCUUGUUCAACAUUCUAAAAAAUACAAAACAGUAA